GACGGGAUCGACCUGUCUGGCUAGUGAUGGAUGGAGUUUAGUGUACUUCCUAUCAACGUCAAGAGGAUUUUGACGACAUAUUUACAAACCUCGAUGAGGGAUACAUGUUGGAGAUUGUAAUCGAGGUAUCUGUGUUUUUUUAACACUUAAAAGCUACGACGCAGUUAGAUGAGAUCGUGUCGAGGAUGGCCGUUAUCACAGUACGACAGUGGAGGUCGAUUGUGUUUUUUGUCGGCAAGACUGACUCAUUAUGUGUUUCUAUAGUUAAACAGGGACACGUCUAUUCAUCAAAGGAAAAUUGAUUGUAAAAGUAUGAUGAAUGGUAAGGAGAAGCCCUAACUAUUUUUGGGCCGUCGUAUUUACUAUAGAGAGUCAUCAGUGCGGGUUAGUGUGCGACUCAUGUGUAUUGCGAUAGUGUAUUGUAAUCCCGUGUUUACAUGUGACGUCUGUUUACAUGCAUGUUCUGUGUGUAAAAGUAAACAUUUGAGAAUUUUACUAUUUUAUUGACAAACGGCAUUACUUAUAUAACAAUAUUUUAUUAUAAUGAAUAAAAAUCAACAUCUAGACACAGAUCAAAAUGUAUACACGUGUAUGUUAUAUGUGUCUGCCAAGGAAACUUGUGUCUGCCACAAGAGGGAAUUGACAACAAUAGAAAUGGAAAGGACAGAGUAUAGCCAAAUGCACGACUUUGGCAUAUCUAGCAACAAAAUGAGAGAGGAGUUGGUAAUAUAGUUAUUAAUCCAUCAGACAUCCCCAGAUUGGAAAUUUGUAGCAAAAAUGGCUUCAUCUAGAAAAUCAUUAUCAUCUAAAUUCUCAAUGGAGGUACGUGGAAAAAAAGUUCCCUCGCCGAAACCCACCAAACCUCAAAGUAGUAUAGGGAGAAAGACGGGGGUUACCACUAAAUCUGCAUCUGCAGAAGAAAAAGUGGAUAAAACAUUGUCUGCUGAAAAAGUGGAGAAGGUAGAGAAAGUUGAGAAAACAGAUAAGACAAGGAAACUUAGGACAAAAUCAAAGGCUGAAGGCAAGGAAGCCGAUCGUUCUGUAACUAGUUCUCGAUCACCAGCCAGACAAUCUAGUACUUCUCGGGGCCAAACCUCUCGAACGCCUAAGGAUAACAAAGUGGUGCGACCAAAACCUGUUCAGGCAAAGAAUGCAAAAACUGUGAAAGACACAGCUGAUACUGUCUCAAAAGACCAAUUAGAAUCUAGUCGAAGUUCUACUGUGCCUAAGAGUGUGGAAAACACUGUCAAAGUGGAUAGUGUAAACACUUCCAUACCAUCUGUUGCUGAUGAAACAGGUACAGCUACAGUCUGUUUAAAAGAUGUAAAUCUUGAUUUCAAAGAUGUAGGUCAUGUUGAUAGUGUGGAGGACAGUAGUGAGAAGUCUACUGCACAGAAACUCUUCCGGCCUAUAUUUAGACUAGGGAGCAAUGAAUCACAGAAGACUGAUGAAGAGGAAAACCUUCCAAGCUUGGAGCUGAAUUCUGACACUUUCAGUCUUGAGCAACCAACUGACAGUCCAAUGCUCACUUGCCGGUCAGGUGUUUCACUGCAAACUGUUAAUGAAACUUCUGUUACAACAUCCGUUUGUUUCAGCAUUUCAGAAAGUACCAGUACUUCAGAGCUUAAUUCAGCUACUGUAGAAAAGUCGCCCAAGUCCAAUCUUGUCCAUCGGGAAAGCAUUAAUGAUGAAUUGGAGGACAUGUCUCUGUCUUCUUCCGGGUUUUCCCCUUGCAGUACGACUGCAAGCUUCCGGAGCUUUGAAGGUAGAAGUAGAAUUGAUGAUUUUAGUGAUGACAACAGUGAUGGUCCACGGCUGAGAGAAAGCAUUGACCUCAGCGAUGACAUGCAAGACUUAGAGGUAGCAAGUUUUACUGUCCCUCUAAAUAAACAGCUGCGAAUAGUCACCUCCAUGGACCGAAGUCUCCGCCCCUCUGCACCAGAUCGUCGUGCCAGUUCUCCGGCCAACAUGGAUGCACAGACAGGGGGAGGCCUCCUCAAACGUCUGUCCCAUCAUCUCCUAUUUGUGGACUUCAUGAGACGAAAGGGUCUGUCCUCAUUCCUCAAUAACUUUCCAUCAGAUAUGACCAUAGACAGCUUCAGACACCUGACGGAUGGUGAACUACAGGAAACCUACCACAUAGAUAAUCCAACUGUGCGGGCAAGGAUCAUGCAUGCUGUAGGGCAGGCAAGCAGAGAGGAUCUUGAUACAGAUGAGUCUGAUAGUGGUAUGACCGGAUCCCCAGGCCCCGUGUCACCACGGAUACGGCGAUCCACCCAGGAUGAAUUCCCCCUGGGUCUACACAUGCCCGGUGGGAUACGACGUCUCCAGCGUACCUUAUCAGAGGACUACAGAGGCCAUAGACGACGUGAAAGCCUUCCCAGUACUCCCACAGGCUUACCCACCAACCUUUCUGCUUCGGGCCAUCUAGGCCACAGUGUGGCAGCACUGAUAGAACCAACAAAUCUGAUCAGGAUGAGAAAUAUUGUCCUUGGUCAGUCAGCACCUUCCCUCACCGGCAUGAAAGACUUCACAUACGGCAGGAGGGGAAGUCGUCAGAGGAAGUCAAUGAUGGGCCCAAACACAUCCCCUGUACUGUCUGCUAGAUGUCCCUCACCACAGACUCUUGGUAACAGUCCCCAUGAAAGUCCACGUAACAUGUCCCCUAACCAGCACGGAAACUUUGCCUUCCACAAUGUACGAAAAUGUGAUGGAAGACGCUGGUCAUUUGCUUCUCUGCCAUCCUCCGGCUACGGGACCAACACUCCAGGCAGUUCUAAUGUUUCGUCACAGUAUUCCUCCCAGGAGAAGCUGAAUCAGAUGGCCUACCCUUUGGGAGGUGACGAGCUCACACUUUUUGCACGGAACCUCACAGCUGUUGAUCAUACAGUUGACGAGGAUGGCGGCCACUCACCCGUGUCACCGCUUAUGCGGCCACGAUCACGCAGUCUCAGUAGUCCUGGUCGCUCUCCCGGUGGAGAUGAAAUCGUCAUGAUGAACAGUGUCUACAAGGAAAGGUUCCCAAAGGCUACAGUUCAAAUGGAGGAGAAACUUAGUAACUAUAUAGAACAGAACCGGGUGUUACCGCCGGAACAGGAGGGUGAUGCGAUCACACGCUUCCUACACCACCAAGUCCUGGAACUAGCUCGGGAUUGUCUCGCCCAGUCUCAAAACAAGCUCAUCACACGCUCAUAUUUUUUUGAUCUCUCAGACAAGCUCGAGAAACUGAUCGAGGAUGCAGAGGAACGUGAGUUUGUGGCGUACAACUACAUCUACCCACUGGUGAAGAAGUUACUACUGAUACUGUCUCGUCCAAUCCGUCUACUCGAAUGUCUGGAGUUUGAUCCUGAACAGUUUUACCAGUUGUUGGAGGCAGCAGAAGGCCAAGCCAAGCAGACCAUCAAAGCUGAUAUACCUCAGUAUAUUAUCAACAAGUUGGGGCUAAACAGGGACCCCCUGGAAGAUAUUGGUAUGGGGAUGGAUGAGCAGGAUGAUUUUACGGAGGCUGAUGAAGAACUCAUGGAGAGGAGAGAUUAUGUGCCAAAGUUCAAGACACCUCGAGAGGAGGAUUUUGAGACAAUCAAGUUGAUUAGCAACGGUGCUUAUGCAGCGGUGUACUUGGUGCGCCACAAAGAAAGCCGCCAGCGAUUUGCGAUGAAGAGGAUCUGUAAACAGAAUCUUAUUCUGAGGAAUCAGACAGAGCAGGUUUACACGGAGCGAGACAUCCUCAGCUUCACAGAAAACCCAUUUGUUGUUAGCAUGUACUGCAGCUUUGACACCAAGAAACAUCUGUGUAUGGUGAUGGAAUAUGUGGAGGGCGGUGACUGUGCCGCCCUACUGAAGAAAUGGGGACCACUCCCUUUUGACCUAGCAAGAAUGUAUUUUGUAGAAACGGUGUUAGCUUUGGAAUAUCUCCAUAGUUAUGGCAUUGUCCACAGAGAUCUCAAACCAGACAAGUAAGUCUUGUUUUUGUAUGUACAUAUGUAUGUCUAAAAUCCCCCAACUCAGGCUGUAGACUUGAUGAGUUUGACAACCAAUCUGUACGAGGGUUCACUGGAUAAGGACUGUAAGCAGUUCCGUGACAAGCAACUGUUUGGAACGCCCGAGUACAUCGCGCCUGAGGUCAUCCUCCGCCAGGGUUAUGGUAAACCUGUGGACUGGUGGUCGAUGGGAAUCAUCCUGUAUGAAUUCCUGGUGGGAUGUCCGCCGUUCUUUGGAGAGUCUCCAGAGGAACUUUUCUCACAAGUCAUCAAUGAAGAGAUAGAGUGGCCCCAGGAGGACGAGUGGCAGGUACGAGACGAUGCACGUGACCUUAUCACCCAGCUGCUGCAACACAACUCACUUAACCGUCUGGGAACAGGGGGCGCCAAUGAAGUCAAGGAACAUAUAUUCUUCCUGGAUGUCCACUGGGAAAGAAUCCUCCGGAAAAAGGCAGAGUUUGUGCCAGAUUUAGAGGAUGAUGAGGACACCAGCUUCUUUGACACACGGAUGGAUCGCUACAACCAUGAUCUAGAUGCCGAUGACACAGAAGAUGAUACUGAUGAUGUGUUGUUCCAAAGUUUCUCCUCCUGUUCUCCACGUUACAGCAAAGUCUAUUCCAAAAUAGAGGAACUGCAUGAGCAGAGCAAGGAGAAGGAGAAGGAGAAGGAGAAUCGACGGAGACAUUCCAGUGCUGAUGAAAUGCGCACCAGACUGCUGGAGAAACAGGCCCUGGAUAGGAAGGAUUCCAACCAAUCAGAAGGAUCGGAUUCCUCGGCAGAGAUCCAAGGGUACCUGCGUCGCGACACAAGUAGUACACUUGUCGACCCCACAGAUCGUAAUGAUGGUUCUAUGAAGCUUGAUGAGGAUGUGUUUAGCUCACCAGAAAGCACACCACGAUCCCAACCUAAGACCAGUACACCGGAGAGCGCAGAAAAGGACAACUCCCACUCAAAGAAACAGGAAAUCCGCCCACCCGUUAUCAAGAGCAUCAUUCCCAAAUUUGCCAUCUCUACCGAUGACGACAAGGGACAAGGGAUAUGCAAAGAGUUAUCCCCAGUGGAUGAGAACAAGGAGAAGGGAAGCGUGUCCCUACCCAGUACAAGGAAACACCUCCAGAAGUCUGCCUCCACCACCGCCCUAACGCUACUCAUACAGCCCACAGAUGACUUCAUGGCUGCACCAGUGACCUCCCCUGGAUCAAGCACAAGUUCUCGCGAUGGUUCACCAUCCAGGGACGUCUCGCCGCUCGCCCGCAACCUCAAACCACCGACCAUCAUAAAAAAAGGAGCACGUGGGUUUGGCUUCAACAUACACACAAUUCGUGUUUACCAGGGUGACACUGACAUAUACACUCUGCAACACAUUGUCGUGAGUGUUGAGCAGAACAGUCCGGCAUUUGAGGUGGGACUGCGACCAGGUGAUCUGAUCACACAUGUUAAUGAUGAACCAAUCCAGAGCCUGCUACACACACAAGUUAUCAGCCUAAUCCUGAAGGGCGGAAAUGUUGCUCACAUUCGCACUAUCCCAAUGGAAAGCACCACCAUCAAAACGGUGCAGAGCAAGCGACGCAGCCACCCUGGAAAGAUGGCCCGUCGAUCUAGUCAGCGCAAACGACAGGAACGCAAGGGGGAGAAGAAAAAGGGUCGGUCACUGUUACGUCGUCUCAGUUCUAAAAGGACGGACCACCAAAUCCUUCCAAGCUCGCCUCUGACUUCAUCGCGAUCGUAUUCCUCCAGUACUUUCAGUAAGUCAUGGUCAUGUGGAGACAGCACACCAGGGUUAGGGAAGGCCAAUCGGUCUUUACCUAUCUCCAUGCCUUGGUCACCUGACUCCUCUGCGGCCAACUCCUCCACAAGCUCCUCUCCGAGCUCAUCAGCUCCGAACUCCCCAGCGAGUUCCUCACAGUUCUGUCGCCCAAGCUCCCUACAUGGACUCAAGCACAAACGUGCACAGAGCCUCAAAUCUCCACAUCGUCGUAAGUCAGUGCAUAACAUCCCUCUGUCUCCUCUAGCUCGAACGCCAUCUCCCUCCCCAAUGCCACCUGCUUCUCCAACGCGAAGCCCAAGUCCUCUUGCUCUUGCCCAUGGGCACCAGAUCGGCAGCUCUAACAUGGUACAGCAGACUAUACCAUCUCACCUCAACUCGUCAACGCAGGCUCAGGCCACAACACCUGUCGCUAGGAAGCCGUCGUUCACGCGUCCCAAAAGCUGUGAGCCAGGCUCCCCAUUACUACGCAGAGCGUUAUCACCCGAUCGGCUCCACCCAAACUCUGCUGAGAAAGUAACAGCUGCACAGAGAAAGGCAUCGCUACAGGAAAAGAAGAGUAGUCUUUCAGACGCUCUAUGACAUUAAUGUUGUGAUCAUUCUCGUGUCAAAGGAAUUAAUGUUCUAAGGGCUUAACUGCAAUCUUUGUGUUUGUGAUGUGCGUGGUGAGAUUGGCUACAUCUGACAGUCAGAAAUGUUUGUGAUGUGCUUGGUUAGAUUGGCUACGUCAGACAGUCAGAAAUGAUUGUGAUGUGCUUGGUGAGAUUGGCUAGGUCAGACAGUCAGAAAUGUUUGUCAUUUGUCUGGUUAGAUUGGCUACGACAGACAGUCAGAAAUGUUUGUGAAUUGUCUGGUUAGAUUGGCUACGUCAGACAGUCAGAAAUGUUUGUGAUUUGCGUGGUUAGAUUGGCUACGUCAGACAGUCAGAAAUGUUUGUGAUGUGCGUGGUGAGAUUGGCUACGUCAGACAGUCAGAAAUGUUUGUGAUGUGCUUGGUUAGAUUGGCUAGGUCAGACAGUCAGAAAUGUUUGUGAAUUGUCUGGUUUGGCAUUGUUACGCAAUUGGGAAUAUCUGUGAUGUGCAUGAUUUGGUCCGUGAUGAAGUUCAGGUUGAGAUUUCUGUAAAAUGCUAAUCAGCAGGAAGUGAUAUGUAGCCUUGUUGUGGAGUAUAUUACUAUGAUAUGACUGCUCUUUUCUUGUAACAGUUGAUGAAUCAAUGUGCCCACAUUCAGGUGUUCAACAAUGUUUUGUUUCCAGACUUAACAUGGUGCUGUGUAAAAGGCUUCCCAGGACUGGUACUUCUCACCGUCUAGGCUAGCUACGAGAUGUAAACUAUUUCCUAAGACUGGUGUUUCCUACUGAUGGAGGAAACAAUGAGAUGUAAAUAUGGUAUCUUAUACCAACCAGGGAAACAGCAAGGUGAAAACCGAUUGUCACUAUGAGUGUGUGUUAAAUUACAAAUACCAGGCAAGAAUGUCAGUGUUAAAGGCCUCAGUUCUGGAUUAUCUGAAGUGAAUGGUGUGAACUAUAUGGAGAGUGUGAUGAUGGCUUUGUAUUCAGUCGAGAAGCUCUGUUAACACAGGAGGAAUAAUAGUUAUCUUUAUAUAUAUGCGUACUGUUAACCUGUGCUGCACAAACUUGUGUUCAUGGAACAAAUCGUAACUUAUUAUUCAUAAAUUGUAUUCAUUGUUUACCAGAUGUAAAUCAUGUGAUAUUUGUGUAUGUUUGAGUUGUGUAUAUUAUUAUCAUCUUGCCUGUGAUUCAAUUGUACUACUAUGUGCUUUCAUCAGUGCCCGCAUAGAGUCUGCGUGUUGGGACGACUAAUCGGGUGAGGUUGCCAGCUUGGCUAGGUGACUAUUGUUGGAGAUGACAGUAGAAUGGCAAGCUUAUAUAUGUAUAUAGAAUACAAGAAGAAUACUCAGCUGUUUUGUAAAUUGUAAUAUGAUGCUUAAGAAUUCAUUUCAAGUUAACAUUGUUUCAUCCAGUCAGCUGUGUUGCUGUGACUGGUCCACAUACUCAAGUGAUUUCAUUCAGUCAUACUAGCUGUUCAAAUUCUGAUCAACUUUAAUAAUAAAAAGCUUGUGAAAAUGUGACAUCUGUGAUUUUUCAAAAAAAGGUUAAGGCGGUGCAGGUUGCUGAUGGUAAAAUAAGUUUCUGACUUUCUUGAAUAUUUUGGGGGGGGCAUCAGAAAUUUAGAAAAUUACUUGGCAAAGGAAUUCUUAACGAUCAUUGAAGGGAAGAAAUAAAACUGUUACAUUAAAGUCUAAUGUAUUUAUCAAAGGAAAUCAUUUAGAAAGUGUUAUUUGAUUGGCUAAGUAAAUCAGAAUUUGAACAACUGAUCUGGCAUGGUUCUCAUGUAUCAUUUAGCUGAAGUUCAGUCGGUAGUUUUACAAGUCUUUGUAACAAUUACAGUAUGAUUGAUGUAACUAGAUUUACUUGUAUUUAGUUCUGUCCGUAUUGAUUUUAUCACAGAAGUUACGAGUGAUUCCUAAGAUUACACUAAUGCUUAAAUAGAUGUUGAAAUAUUGUGAUAACUUGUGAUGUUGUAUCAAGUAUUAUGUCGACUCUUUAUAUUGAGACAAACUUGUAGUUUAUGGUGUAUCUUUUUUCUGAUAAAUAUGUAAUAACACAAACACUUACCAGCAUUGUUACCUUCACAAGAAAUUUUACAUAGUGAAGUACCCAAAUUAUCUUUUUAGUCACUAUAGAAACCAUUAUAGUCCCUUCACAAAAUUAAAUAGGAACCACAAUAUAACCUUCAAUACACUCAACACGGAAACCCUUAUGUAGGCUUCCCUUCAGUCACCAUAGAAACCAUUAUAUACCCUUCCUUUCAGUCACCAUGGACACAAGGAUAUAGGCCCCUUCCCUUAGGUCACCAGACAAUGAUAUACCCUUCUCUUCAGUCACCAUGGACACAAUGAUAUAGCCUUCUCUUCAGUCACCAUGGACACAAUGAUAUACCCUUCCCUUCAGUCACCGUGUACACAAUGAUAUACCCUUCUCUUCAGUCACCAUGGACACAAUGAUAUACCCUUCUCUUCAGUCCCCAUGGACACAAUGAUAUACCCUUCUCUUCAGUCAACAUGGACACAAUGAUAUACCCUUCCCUUCAGUCACCACGGACACAAUGAUAUACCCUUACCUUCAGUCACCAUGGACACAAUGAUAUACCCUCCCCUUCAGUCACCAUGGACACAAUGAUAUACCCGUCUCUUCAGUCACCAUGGACAC